CCCGCCCGUACUGCCGGCCGCUGUGAAAGUGAAACCCGGGUGCGGCCGCGGAGAGCGGGGUCUCGCCGUCAUUUCCAUGGACUCGCUGCAGUGAGUGGCUGAUAGGGACCUGGCUCUGCCGAGACUGUUAACAAUUAUCAGCUCUGAUGGCCAACAUGAGGUUAAUUUGCCAGCCUCUGCUGAUCCUUGCAGCCGCUGAUAUCGGUCUGCUCGUCGUCCUGCAGUCGCUGCCCUUUCUCAGUCCUCUACACAACUGGCUCUGUCUCAUCCGCGUCUCCGCGCUGACUGGGCUGUCCCUGGGGAACCUGUUUAAGGGGCAUGAGAGGAGGGAGCUAGUUCCAUACCUCGGGACUUUGUGUCUCCUGCUGCCUGUGCUGGGGACAGUCCAGGAGCUGUUGGAGAGGGGUCAUCGCAACCACAUGUACAACUGGGUUUUCCUGUUCCUGACUCAUGUGGCUUCCGCCCUCGCAAUGGGUUUCUGGACAACCUUUCUGCCUGUUAGUCCAGCCAGUGAAAAAGUUCAAGACACUGCUGAGAAACAGAAAUCCAAAGCCACAAUCCGCAAACUCCUCUCUUAUUCCAAGCCUGACAUCUUCUACCUCUUGGGAGCUUUCUGUUUCCUGACAAUUGCAGUAUUCAGCCAGACAUUUAUCCCAUAUUACACAGGAAGAGUUAUCGAUAUCCUGAGCAAUAAGUACAAGACAUCAGCGUUUCGCAACGCCAUCUUACUGAUGUGUUUAGCCUCGGUCGUGAGCUCUCUUUCUGCUGGAUGCCGAGGAGGUCUGUUUAUGCUCACAUUUGCCCGACUUAACAAACGGAUCCGGAGUCUUCUUUUCAAAUCCUUGACCUGUCAGGAAAUUGGAUUUUUCGAGAGCACCCACACAGGUGAAAUCAUAUCCCGUCUGUCCACGGACACAACAGUGAUGAGUCGCUCUAUUGCUGCAAAUGUCAACAUCUUCCUUCGGAGUUUCGUAAACACUGUCGGCAUGUACUUCUUCAUGUUCAAGAUCUCCUGGCAACUCACUUUGCUAACGUUUAUUGAGUCUCCUCUAACUGGAGCAGCGCAUAAGUUGUACAACAAAUAUUAUCAGGCUCUGGCAAAGGAGGUCCAGGAUUCGAUGGCAAAGUCAGACCAGGAGGCAGCUGAAGUCAUUUCUUCUAUCAAAACCGUGAAGAGCUUUGCAACAGAAGAAGAAGAAGCAAAACGUUAUCUCACAAAACUUUUAAAUACACAAAAUCUAAAAAUCAAGCGGGACUUUAUCCGAGUUGUCUACUUGCUGUUCCGGAGGCUCCUCCAACUGCUUAUGCACAUCUUUAUACUGUACUGUGGGAAGGAAUUAAUCGAAAGUGGUUACAUGACUGUGGGAAGUCUGGUCUCCUUUAUGCUUUAUCAAACAGAUGUUGGCGCUUAUAUUCAGACUCUGGUUCACUUCCACGCUGAGCUCUACCGCUCCGUAGGAGCUGCUGAGAAAGUCUUUGCCUACCUGGAUCGGACACCUGCUCUACGCAAUGACGGGAAGCUGCAGCCCAAGUCACUGAGAGGUCAUGUGGAGUUUCGUAAUGUAUCAUUUUCCUACCCCACCAGACCACAGCUAAUGGUGCUGAAGAAUGUGUCCUUUGAGGUGCGGAGUGGGGAGGUGACGGCCCUGGUGGGACACACUGGUGGUGGGAAGACCACCUGUGUGUCCCUCCUGCAACGUUUCUAUCAGCCCCAGUCGGGACAGAUCCUGCUGGAUGGGAUUCCCAUCGAGGAGUACGAGCACAAGUAUUACCACAGGAAGGUUGCUCUGGUCAGCCAGGAACCGAUACUGUUUGCUAGAUCCAUCCAUGAGAAUAUUUCCUAUGGCCUCACAGAUUGUCCACAUGAAGCUGUGAGCGAAGCCGCUGAAAAGGCCAAGGCUGCCGGUUUUACGCAGGAUAUGACGGAUGGUUAUGACACAGAUGUUGGAGAAAAGGGAGGUCAUCUCUCCGGAGGGCAGAAACAGAGGAUUGCACUUGCCCGAGCCAUUGUCCGAGACCCAAAGGUUCUCAUCCUGGAUGAAGCCACCAGUUCCCUGGAUGUAGAAACUGAGCACUUGAUUCAGCAGGAGUUGUCCAAAUUCCAAGAUCAGGCAAUUGUAGUCAUUGCUCAUCGUCUGAAAACAGUGGAAAGGGCAAAUAAAAUCCUGGUGAUGGAGAACGGGUCCAUAGUGGAGGAAGGAUCUCACUGUGAAUUGCUGCAAGCAAAAGGACAAUACUACAGAUUAGUUCACAGAGACUUCAUAAAGUCCAAUAAUGGAGAGUAAACCCAAGUACCUGGAUACUAUUGGACAUGGACCCACUUGCUUUGAUGCUGUACAGUCGUUUGAAACUUAGGAGAAAUUUUAAACCGAAUCAGUAAAUCAUUUUAGAAUUGUUUGUUGAUAUUUGCAGUUGAAAUGUUGUGAAUUUGUUUUGAAGUUUAGAUAGUUUAUGGCUGUUAUUUCAUUUCAUUAUAUUUGCAAACCAGGUGUAAAACAGCAUGGAAUGAUUUGCCAACUGGUCAAUGGACCGAAGUGACAAAAUAAAAAAGGUAUAUACAGA